AUGAGGUGGCGGAGGCGGGAGCCGAGGCCGUCGGCGCGGUGGAGCCACAGCCGCGGGGCAGAGGUCGACGAUGGUGAAGCCGCGGAGGGUACCGCACGCACCGAGGCGGCCGCUGGUGAGGCUGCAGAGGGCAGUGGCGACAAGUCCGCAGACACCGAGGGAAUGGGUGAGGCCGCAGAUAGCGGUGGCGACGAGUCCGCAGACGGAGCCGCGGGUGGUGAUGACGGGUCCGUAGGUGAGACCGCAGGCAGGGACGACGAACCGGCGGGCGAGGCCGCGUUCGGCGUAGAAGGCGCCCCGUGCGACAUGUCGACGGGCAAGACCGCAGCCAACGGAGAGGACCCCGCAAGGGGUGACGCCACGGGGGAGGCGACAGCCAAAGGUGAUGAAGAGGCCGUCGCGCCUGCAUGA